CUCACCACAUCUCUCUCUCUCGGCCUCCUUCGUCGUCUCUCUCUGUGUUGUUCUCUUCUCCUCUCUCUCUCUCUCUCUCUCUAAGAUUUCAAUAUUCACAAGAUAACCAACACGAACACGAAGGAGAACAACGGAGUCGAAAACAAUGAAGCAAGCAUCUUCUGAGGCAGUUCCUUCUCUAUCUUCUGCGCCGUCGUUCACGGAAGCAGCCACAUCGUCGUCGUCGUCGUCGGCAGCGGCGGAGGACCUGGCCGUGGGGUCGAGGGACGGAGGCGGCGCUCAGGAGACGGUGGCGGUGGAUCGGCGAGGCGAGUUCUCGGCGGUGUGCCGAUGGACGGUGCACAAUUUUCCUAGAAUAAAGGCUAGGGCACUGUGGAGCAAGUACUUCGAGGUAGGAGGUUACGAUUGUCGGUUGCUAAUAUACCCUAAGGGCGACUCACAGGCUCUUCCAGGUUACAUCUCUAUCUAUCUCCAAAUCAUGGACCCUCGCGGAACCACUUCAUCGAAAUGGGACUGUUUCGCUAGCUAUCGCUUGGCAAUCGUCAACGUCGCUGACGAUUCCAAAACCAUUCAUCGCGAUUCCUGGCACCGAUUCUCAAGUAAGAAGAAAUCGCACGGUUGGUGCGAUUUCACGCCCUCUUCCACUGUUUUUGAUCCCAAAUUGGGGUAUCUGUUUAACACCGAUUCCGUUUUGAUCACUGCUGAUAUUCUUAUUCUUAAUGAGUCUGUUAAUUUCACACGCGAUAACAAUGAGUUGCAGUCCUCCUCGUCAUCGUCGUCUUUGUCCUUGACGUCAUCGUCUGGGGUUGCGGGUCCUGUGUCUGACGUCUUGAGUGGGAAGUUCACUUGGAAAGUGCAUAAUUUCAGUUUGUUUAAGGAGAUGAUCAAGACGCAGAAGAUAAUGAGCCCGGUUUUCCCUGCUGGGGAGUGUAAUUUGAGGAUUAGUGUGUACCAGAGCUCGGUGAAUGGGGUUGAGUAUCUGUCAAUGUGUUUGGAGAGCAAGGAUACGGAUAAGACUGUGGUGUUGUCUGAUAGGAGUUGCUGGUGUUUGUUUAGGAUGUCUGUGUUGAACCAGAAGCCUGGUUCCAAUCACAUGCAUAGAGAUUCCUAUGGCCGGUUUGCGGCUGAUAAUAAGAGUGGUGACAAUACCAGCUUGGGAUGGAAUGAUUACAUGAAGAUGUCGGAUUUCAUUGGCCCUGAUUCGGGGUUCUUGGUGGAUGACACUGCUGUUUUUAGUACCUCGUUUCAUGUGAUCAAGGAGUUUAGCAGCUUCUCCAAGAAUGGGGCUGUGAUUGCUGGCAGAAGUGGGAGUGGUGCGAGGAAGUCGGAUGGCCAUAUUGGAAAGUUCACUUGGAGGAUUGAGAAUUUUACGAGGCUGAAGGAUUUGUUGAAGAAGAGGAAAAUUACUGGUCUUUGCAUCAAGAGCAGGAGGUUUCAGAUUGGUAAUAGGGAUUGUCGUCUUAUUGUUUAUCCUCGAGGGCAGUCUCAGCCACCCUGUCACCUUUCAGUGUUUCUUGAAGUUACAGAUUCAAGAAAUACUUCCAGUGAUUGGAGUUGUUUUGUUAGUCAUCGUUUGUCAGUUGUUAAUCAGAGGAUGGAGGAUAAAUCUGUCACCAAGGAGUCUCAAAACCGCUACUCCAAAGCUGCAAAGGAUUGGGGUUGGCGUGAAUUUGUGACGCUUACAAGUCUCUUUGAUCAAGAUUCAGGUUUUCUUGUCCAGGACACUGUCAUUUUCUCUGCUGAAGUUCUUAUAUUGAAAGAGACAUCAAUAAUGCAGGAUUUUACUGAGCAUGAUUCUGAGUUAAGCAGCAAUGGUUCCUCUCUUGAUAGUUGUGGGAAAAGAAGUUCAUUUACUUGGAAAGUGGAAAAUUUCCUGUCUUUUAAGGAAAUAAUGGAGACUCGAAAAAUCUUCAGUAAAUUCUUUCAGGCUGGUGGAUGUGAACUUCGGAUUGGUGUGUAUGAGUCGUUUGAUACCAUAUGUAUUUAUCUGGAGAGUGACCAGGCUGUUGGUAGUGAUCCUGAUAAAAACUUCUGGGUCAGAUACAGGAUGGCUGUUGUAAAUCAAAAGAACCCAGCCAAGACAGUGUGGAAAGAAUCUUCUAUCUGCACAAAGACAUGGAAUAAUUCUGUUUUGCAAUUCAUGAAGGUGUCUGAUAUGUUAGAAGUAGAUGCAGGAUUCCUUGUCCGUGACACUGUUGUUUUUGUAUGUGAAAUAUUGGAUUGCUGCCCUUGGUUUGAGUUUUCAGACUUGGAGGUUUUAGCAUCGGAGGAUGACCAGGAUGCAUUGACAACUGAUCCUGAUGAACUUAUUGACUCUGAAGACAGUGAAGGGAUAAGUGGAGACGAGGAAGAUAUUUUCAGAAAUCUUCUUUCCAGAGCUGGAUUCCAUUUAACGUAUGGCGAUAAUCCUUCACAACCACAGGUUACUUUAAGAGAGAAACUUUUAAUGGAUGCUGGUGCAAUUGCGGGGUUUCUGACUGGACUUCGGGUUUAUCUUGAUGAUCCUGCAAAAGUAAAGCGUCUACUUCUACCUACCAAGCUCUCUGGGAGUUGUGAUGGGAAGAAGGCCUCCAAGGCUGAUGAGUCUUCCCCAAGUUUGAUGAAUUUGCUGAUGGGAGUUAAAGUCUUGCAGCAAGCAAUCAUUGAUUUACUAUUGGAUAUAAUGGUUGAGUGCUGCCAACCAUCUGAAGUGGGUCCUGUUGCUGAUUCUGUUGAUGCAUGCUCUAAACCUUCUCAGGACGGCGGUGGAGCUGCUAGUCCUCUUGAAUGUGAUAGAGGAAAUGGAGCCACAGAGGCUGCUCAAGUUCCUGUUUAUGAGAGAUUGGAUUCUGUUGCUGAAGAAAGCAAUAGUACAUCUGCCGUACAGAGCUCUGAUUUAAAUAGGAAUGGUAUCCAGGAAAAAGCUCUUCCGGGGCAGCCUAUUUGUCCACCGGAGACGUCUGCCACUGCUUCGGAAAAUGCAUCCUUUCGGUCAAAGACCAAGUGGCCAGAACAGUCUGAGGAGCUCUUAGGUUUGAUUGUAAACUCAUUAAGAGCUUUGGAUGGGGCUGUUCCGCAAGGCUGUCCAGAGCCAAGACGGAGACCUCAAUCUGCACAGAAAAUUGCUCUUGUAUUGGACAAGGCUCCUAAGCAUUUGCAAGCAGACCUAGUUGCUCUGGUACCCAAAUUGGUUGAGCAGUCAGAACAUCCACUGGCUGCUUAUGCACUCCUUGAGCGACUUCAAAAGCCAGAUGCGGAACCUGCUUUACAAAUACCUGUUUUUGGGGCUCUUAGUCAAUUGGAAUGUGGUAGUGAAGUGUGGGAACGCAUUCUGUUUCAGUCGUUUGAGCUUUUGACAGACUCAAAUGAUGAACCACUUGCUGGAACAAUAGAUUUUAUAUUCAAAGCAGCAUCUCAAUGUCAACACCUCCCUGAAGCAGUUAGAUCUGUUCGUGUCAGGCUGAAAAAUCUAGGUCUUGAAGUGUCACCUUGUGUCCUUGACUUUUUGAGUAAAACAAUAAAUAGUUGGGGGGAUGUUGCUGAAACCAUACUUAGGGACAUUGAUUGUGAUGAUGAUUAUGGUGACAGUUGCUCAGCUCUGCCAUGUGGGAUUUUCUUAUUUGGUGAACAUGGUACUGUUCCUACUGGAAUGCAAGUGAUUGAUGAGCAGGCUUUUCGUGCUAGUCGUCAUUUUUCUGAUAUUUAUAUACUGUUUGAGAUGCUAUCCAUUCCUUGUCUGGCUGUUGAAGCUUCUCAAACAUUUGAGAGAGCUGUAGCUCGAGGUGCAAUAAGUGCUCAGUCUGUAGCCCUGGUAUUGGAAAGUCGUCUUUCCCAAAGAUUGAACAAUAAUGCCAGAUAUGCUUCUGAAGAUUUCCAACAUUCAGAUGGUGCAACAGAGGGAGAUGCUUGUGAUCAAUUGGGAGUUCAAAGGGAUGAUUUUACUUCAGUUCUUGGUCUUGCUGAAACUUUGGCCCUCUCUAGAGACCCAUGUAUUAAAGAAUUUGUGAAAUUGCUCUACAUGAUAAUGUUUAGAUGGUAUGCCAAUGAAUCUUAUCGAGGGAGGAUGCUGAAGAGGCUUGUUGACCGUGCCACUAGCACUACUGACAAUGGUCGUGAGGUAGAUUUUGAUUUGGAUAUCUUGGUUACUUUGGUCUGUGAGGAGCAGGAGUUUAUUAGGCCUGUUUUGAGUAUGAUGCGUGAAGUUGCUGAACUUGCAAAUGUUGAUCGGGCUGCUCUAUGGCACCAGUUAUGUGCCAGUGAAGAUGAAAUUAUUCGUGUUCGUGAAGAAAGCAAAACUGAGAUUUCUAAUAUGGCUAGGGAAAAAGCUAUUAUAUCACAAAAACUGAGUGAAUCUGAGGUCGCAAACAAUCGUCUCAAGUCUGAAAUGAGGGCUGAGAUGGAGCGGUUCUCUUGGGAAAAGAAGGAACUAGCAGAACAAAAUCAAGAAGUUGAGAGUCAGCUUGAAUGGCUCCGCUCAGAGCGGGAUGAUGAAAUAGCAAAGCUCUCUGCAGAGAAGAAAGCUCUUCAUGACCGUUUACAUGAUGCGGAGGCACAGCUUUCUCAAUUGAAGUCUCGAAAACGCGAUGAAUUGAAGAAAGUGGUCAAGGAGAAAAAUGCACUAGCUGAAAGACUGAAGAAUGCUGAAGCUGCACGUAAGAGAUUUGAUGAAGAAUUGAAAAGAUUUGCAACAGAGAAUGUGACUCGGGAAGAAAUCCGGCAAUCGCUUGAGGAUGAAGUUCGUAGAUUGACUCAAACAGUUGGGCAAACUGAGGGAGAAAAGAGGGAAAAGGAAGAGCAGGUUGCUAGGUGUGAAGCAUACAUUGAUGGCAUGGAAUCGAAGUUGCAAGCUUGCCAGCAAUAUAUUCAUACACUUGAGGCCUCACUCCAGGAAGAAAUGUCACGACAUGCCCCUCUGUACGGUGCUGGUCUGGAGGCUCUAUCAAUGAAAGAGUUGGAAACACUAUCACGUAUUCAUGAAGAAGGGCUGAGGCAGAUCCAUGCCCUUCAACAGCGUAAAGGGAGUCCUGCUGGGAGCCCUCUUGUGAGUCCCCAUGCUCUCCCUCUCAACCAUGGAUUAUAUCCAGCUGCGUCCCCCCCAAUGGCCGUGGGACUGCCUCCCUCUAUCAUCCCAAAUGGUGUAGGGAUCCACAGCAACGGUCACGUGAAUGGUGCAGUUGGGCCCUGGUUCAAUCACUCUUGAAUUCUUGGGUCAUAGAUUUUAUUCUUUUCCAGUUAUUUCUUUGGCAUUUUGGCUGGUAGAACUGUUGGAGCAGGAUGUUGGGUGAAUGAAUCGCUACGAUUAGAAGGGGUUGGGUGAAAUUUUGCCUUACUGCUGUUUAUCCAGUGGAACUAUCAGUUGCAAGCGCCAUACUCAUUUGCGCCUACUUUUUUUUGAGGGUAAAGAAAUUACUUACAGGCUUUUUAAAUUUGCCAUAGUUAUAGCUUACUGUUACUACAUAGUUUGGCCGAAGUGGUUGAAUCUAUUUUUAUCCUGGGCCAGAAGUGAAGCGCUGUAAGAAAUCUUGACUGACAGUUUUUUAAUACGUAAUCAACAAAGAAAAUCCUUUUCCACUUAU